AUGCGGGCGGCGGUGGCGGUGUCGCUGUCGCUGUGCUGGCUCUGGGCGGCGGGGCACAGCCUGCCCCGGCUCCGCCUGUCCUACCGCGAGCUUUUAGGCACCAACCGCUCCGUCCUCUUCUUCGGUCACCGCGGCUUCCUGGGCUUCCGCUCCCUCUACCUGGAUGAGUAUCGUGACCGGCUCUUCAUCGGGGGGAAGGAUGUGCUCUACUCCCUGCUUCUGGAUGGGGCCAGUGCAGAUGCCAAGGAGAUCUAUUGGCCACCCCGCCCUGGGCAGACGGAGGAGUGUUUUCAGAAGGGGAAGGACCCAGGGACUGACUGUGCCAACUACGUCCGUGUGCUGCAUCCCUACAACCGGACACACUUGCUGGCCUGCGGGACAGGCGCCUUCCACCCCAUGUGCACCUUCAUCUACGUGGGGUACCGUGGCGAGCACACCUUCAGCCUGGACCCUGCCAGCGUGGAGACCGGCCGGGGCAGGUGCCCACACGAGCCCAGCCGUGCUUUCGCCAGCACCGUCAUCGGUGGGGAGCUGUACGCUGGCCUCACAGCAGAUUUCCUGGGACGCGAUCCUGGUGUUUUCCGCAGCAUGGGGACCCGCUCCGCCCUACGCACAGAGGUGGACCAGCGCUUACUGCACGAUCCCAAAUUUGUGGCAGCCCACUUGAUCCCAGACAACGAUGACCGGGACAAUGACAAAGCCUAUUUCUUCUUCACGGAGAAGGUGGUGGAGGCAGACAGCAAGGAGCACGCCAUUGUCAGCCGUGUGGGGCGUGUCUGCGUGAAUGAUGCUGGUGGCCAGAGGGUGCUGGUCAACAAGUGGAGUACAUUCAACAAGGCCCGGCUGGUGUGCUCAGUUCCCGGCCCUGGUGGCAUCGACACCUACUUUGAUGAGCUGGAGGAUGUCUUCUUGCUGAGGACAAAGGAUGGGAAGAGCCCGGAGAUCUAUGCCCUUUUCAGCACCGUCAGCCACGUUUUCCAGGGCUCUGCUGUCUGUGUGUACCGCAUGGCAGAUAUCCGGGAGGUCUUCAACGGGCCCUUUGCCCACCGAGAGAGCCCCCACCACCAGUGGGGUGCCUACGAGGGCAGGGUGCCCUACCCGCGGCCAGGCGUGUGUCCCAGCAAGACCACCAACCAGCCCCGGCGGCAGUACAGCACCACCAAGGACUUCCCUGACGAGGUGCUGCACUUUGCCCGCGCUCACCCCCUCAUGUACAAGCCCGUGUACCCCCGGCACCGCCGGCCCCUCCUUGUGAAGACUGAUCUGCCCCACCGGCUGCGCCAGCUCGUGGUGGACAGGGUGGAGGCCGAGGAUGGGCAGCACGACAUCCUCUUCCUCGGCACAGAUGCUGGCUCGGUGUUGAAGGUGGUGGUCAUGCAGAAAACAAGCUCAGCCAUGACUGAAGAAAUCAUCCUGGAGGAGCUGCAGGUUUUUAAGAUGCCUGUGCCCAUCACCCAGAUGGAGAUCUCUGUCAAGCGUCAAACGCUCUACGUGGGCUCCAGCUUAGGGGUGGCCCAGGUACGGCUGCACCAGUGUGAGUCCUAUGGCACUGCUUGUGCCGAGUGCUGCCUGGCCAGGGAUCCCUACUGUGCCUGGGAUGGCACUGCCUGCACCCACUACCAGCCCUCCGGCAAGCGCCGCCAUCGCCGCCAGGACGCCCACCAUGGCAACCCUGCACACCAGUGUCUGGACCAGAACCUGACUGUGGACGAUUUUGAGAGCGUUGAGGAGAAGGUGCUUUAUGGGGCAGAGGACAACAGCACCUUCCUGGAGUGCGUGCCCCGGUCCCCGCAGGCCAGCGUGCAGUGGUUUGUCCAGAGGCCCCCUGACGAGCAGCGGGAUGAGGUGAAGACGGACGAGCGGAUCCUGCAGACGGAGCACGGGCUGCUUUUCCGCAAGCUGCACCGGCACGACGCCGGCAUCUACUACUGCAAAACGCUGGAGCACGGCUUCACCCAGACCGUGGCCAAGACUGCCCUGCACGUGAUCGCCAGCGAGCAGCUGGCACACACCUUCCCCCGGGGGCGAGGGGAUGAGCUCCCUCACCUGCUCUGCCCUGAGCCCCAGCUGGUGCCACAGGCUCCCAAAACCUGGUUCAAGGACAUCAUGCACCUCAUCAGCUCCCAAAACCCACGGCGGGUGGAGGAGUACUGCGCCCGCCUCUGGUGCAGCAGCCGUCCUCACCACCGCAAGAGCAAACUGGCCCAGGCCAAGCUGGUCCUGGCUGGUGUGGAUGUGGCCAAGAAGGGACGGACAGCCAAAGCCCACAGCGAGAGGAACCGUGUGCCCCGGCAAGCACCGGCCACUUAGAGAGAGCAGGGUAAUGGACGUGGGGCAGCCGUGGGCAGGUACCAGCUCCCUGUGCUGCUGCUAGCCCUGGGGGCCUCUUGACUUGGUGGGUGGCUUGCAGUGCUGCCAGCCUGGUCCCCUGGCUGGAGUGGAUGGGCAGGUCCCUGUCACCCUCAGUGUCUGCAGGGUCACCUCACAAACAGGCAAUGAGG